AUGGGACGUCACUGCUUCGCCUCCUUUCAGACUACGGAAGCCUCUCAACACUCUGAUUUCCUCUUCCAUGGUUCCGUGGAAUACAAGAACACUGUGAACCAUGCAUCAUGUCUGGCGGAUGAAAAUGGCUUCCAGUAUCUGUUUGUGUGGGCCCUGGUUACCAAGCGCUUUCAAAUCGCCCACUUUCUGCUCAUGUACAUGACAGAGAUCUGUGCUGCGGCCCUCUUUGCUGCUGAGUUCCUACGUCAGAUGAUGCGUCUCUGCUGUACUCCCUCAGAACGGGGGGAGCUGGAACGCGUAGCUAUGAUCUUCGAAGAUGCUGCUGUGGGGAUACUGACUGAAUGCUAUCUCAACAACAUGGAGACCACAAUGGUCCUACUAGUGAUGGAGAGACCGGCUUUCGGCAAACUGUCUGCUCUGAUACUGGCUGCACGGGGACACUCCUAUAAGUUCAUGGAACACAGUGCCUGCCAGGAGUACAUGAACCGCUUUGUCUUGGCUCUCAUUUUCGGCGUCAUAUGCCCUCCCGCCGUUCCUCUUAUCGUGAAGUACGAUGACAGCAAGUACAAAAAUCUUUCACAGGAAACAAAGGACGAAUUCUCAAACUUUGAGGUUGGACUUAAACAGGCUAGGCGGCAGAUAAAUACACACUUUAGGAAACUCUGCGACUUCUAUCGCGCACCCUGCGUCCGCUACUCAUACCAUCUGGUAAGUCUGGAUUUUAUUUCUGUGAGAUGA